AUGUCGGUUAGUCAAAUUCGUGUAUUUAUUACAUUUAUUGUGUUGGCAGUUGCAUUUAGGCCAAUUGCUUUUGGCCAGGCUAUUGACUGUCAAAGACCGCCUAAACUAGUGGAUCCUGCCAUGUGUUGUCGGGAUGGCGGACGUGAUCAAAUUUCCGAAAACUGUGCACGGCAAAUUAUGGGAACCGGAAAUGGACAGGCAAAUAAUGCACCACCAUCUUUUGAAGCAGCCACUUGCUUGGCCGAAUGCAUCUUAACAACAUCCAAAUAUAAGCAGGAACCAAAGCAGCUCAACUUGCAAGUUAUUCGAAGUGAUUUAUCAAUGAAAUUUUCCAAUGAUUCGGCCUAUGUGGAGGCCAUGACAGCAGCGUUUACCAAAUGCGAACCUCAGUCUCUGCGUAGAUUGGCUGCAAUUCAGCAAUUCAAUGGGCAGCAACCAAAGUGUAGUCCAUUUUCUGCAAUUGUUCUCGGUUGCACGUACAUGGAAUACUUUAAGAAUUGCCCAGCUCAUCGUUGGACACAGAAUGCGGAGUGUGCGCUGGCCAAGACUUUUGUUACUCAGUGCGGUUUGGGUGCUUAAAGCUGUUGAAUAUAUUUUUAAACUUGAAUUAACGUAUCAGUGUGUACAUAA